AUGUUAGGCAGCUACCUCACUGAAUUUAUUUUUACGCCUCCUCCAUUAGUAAAUGAUUAUAUAAAGUACUUUUUAAAACUUAUUAUUUGUCCAAUCAUUAUGAUUAAUGUUAAUUCUCCACAAUUUAAUAUUGAAAACAAUAUUGCAACAUCAUAUUUUAAAUACAAAAAAAAUAUUUUUAAUGAAAAGAAUGGAGAGUUAACAAUAACACCUCAAUCUUUUAACUAUACUUUUAGAACAAAACUUAAUCCUUCAAAAACUGGAUUAAUGUUAGUUGGACUUGGAGGAAAUAAUGGAAGUACUUUACUUGGAUCAAUUAUUGCUAACAAACAUAAGUUAACAUGGAAUACUCGUUCUGGAGAAAAGCAAGCAAAUUAUUAUGGAUCAAUUACUCAAGCAACAACUGUUCAUUUAGGAUGGGAUGGUGAAAAACAAAUUUAUGUUCCAUUCAAAAAUAUUCUUCCAAUGGUUGAUCCAAAUGAUUUAGUAAUUGAUGGAUGGGAUAUUAAUAAUGCCAAUAUGUAUGAAGCUAUGAAAAGAGCACAAGUUUUUGAACCUGAAUUAAUUGAAAAACUUCGUCCACAUAUGGAACAUAUUGUACCAAAACCAUCAGUAUAUUAUCCUGAUUUUAUUGCAAGUAACCAAGAACAACGUGCUAAUAAUGUUAUUACUGGAGGUGAACAAAACAAAUUAGAACAAUUAAAUAAGAUUCGUUCUGAUAUUCGUGAAUUUAAGAAAAAAAAUGGUUUAAACUGUGUUAUUGUUCUUUGGACAGCAAAUACAGAAAGAUAUACUAUGGUAAAAGAAGGUCUUAAUAUGACCUCUACUGAAGUAAUAGAUUCCAUUACUAAUAAUGCACAUGAAAUUUCACCCUCAAAUAUAUUUGCUGUUGCAUCUAUUUUAGAAGGUGCUCAUUACAUUAAUGGAUCUCCACAAAAUACUUUAGUACCUGGAAUCAUUCAACUUGCCAGAGAGCAUAAAACAUUUGUAGGUGGAGAUGAUUUUAAGUCUGGACAAACAAAAUUUAAAUCAGCUUUAGUUGAUUUCCUUGUUAAUUCAGGAUUAAAACCAGAAAGUAUUGUUUCAUACAAUCAUCUUGGAAAUAAUGAUGGAAAAAAUUUGAGUGAAGCAAAACAAUUUCGUUCAAAAGAAAUUUCUAAAGCUUCUGUUGUUGAUGAUAUGGUUGAAGCAAACAAAAUUCUUUAUCCUGAUGGUAAAAAACCUGACCAUUGUAUUGUUAUCAAAUAUGUACCAUAUGUUGGUGAUAGUAAACGUGCUAUGGAUGAAUAUAUAAGUAGCAUUUUUAUGGGAGGACAACAAACACUUGUUAUUCAUAAUACAUGUGAAGACUCACUUUUAGCUGUUCCACUUAUUUUAGAUUUAACAGUUAUAACUGAACUUUGUACUAGAAUUACUUAUUCUACUGCUGGAACUGGUUUUCAGUUGGAAUCAUUUGAUAGUGUUUUAUCAUUACUUUCAUUGAUGCUUAAGGCUCCUGUAGUACCAGAAGGAAGUCCAGUUAUCAAUGCAUUUAUGAAACAAUUUAAUGCUGUUACAAAACUUUUAACCAUUUGCGCUGGAAUUGAUUCUGAUGUUGAUUGUCAACUUGAAUUCUUUACCAAACUAAAUGUUGAUUAA